CCCUUCAGUUAAUCUACAGUCUGUGUUAGAACUAUCAGCUUUGCCCCUCAUGCACUAACAUUUGAUGGGAGAGGUUCAGCUUCUUAGGACAUUGAAAGAAAUAACAACUAGGACAUAGAGCAAUUGAUUCAAGCUCCAGGAAAAGAGAUUCUGUCUAAACAUUAGGAAGAACUUCUUGACGUUUUGUCUGGUAACUAGAUUUCAAGUUUCCUUGGGGAACGCUGGAUAGAGUGGUCCCUGAAUCCACCAGGCAAAUCUGUAUAAAUUGAAAAUAAUCCAUUAUUAUUGGGCAAGCAGAGGCCAAAGAUACAUCCUCUAAGACUAUAUCAACUGUGACAUCCACAUCAGAAUGAAUCUCAGACAGCUUUUUCCUGGACUUCUGACCCAAACAAGAGCUCACACAAAGAUGGAUACAUUGGAGGCAGGGGUUCUGCUUCUUCUCUGUCUGUUCUUCCUCAUAUUGUUCUCCUCCUUCAAAAUGUACAAGAAGAAAGGCCAGCUGCCUCCGGGACCCACUCCUUGGUUAUUUCUGGGCAAUCUCCUGCAGAAAGAUGUUAUGCCUCUGGACAAAUUCUACCCCAAACUUGUUCAGAAAUAUGGUCCUAUCUUCACUAUUUGGAUGGGCCCAAAACCUGCAGUGGUGCUCUGUGGAUAUGAGGUGGUAAAAGAUGCUUUGGUGGAUCAUUCUGAAGUGUUUGGUGGUCGUUCUCCCCUCCCCAUCUCAAAGCGGGUGACAAAGGGUCAAGGGUUGGCCAUCCAAAAGGAUGCAAAAUGGAGGGACUUGCGCCGGUUCACACUUUCCACCCUGAGGGACUUUGGAAUGGGGAAGAAAUCUAUGUCUGAGAGGGUGCAGGAGGAAGCGCUUUGCUUGGUGAAACAUAUAACAGCAGCCAUACAAGGGAAGACUUUUGACCUACAAAAAUGCAUCAGAAAUGCUGCUUCUAAUGUGCUGUGCUCUGUUGUCAUUGGGAGUCGGUUUGACUACCAAAACGAGACUGUCGCAGGGCACCUAUGCAUUGCGGAGCAACUAGCAUCCCUAUUUCAGAGUUACACGGGAAUGUUGUACAGCUCUUUCUCACAAAUGAUGGAUUACCUGCCUGGACCUCACCAGAAAGUAUUUGCUGAUUGUAAAAAACUGCAGGCCUACAUCCGUGAGGAGGUAAAGUCUCACAGCCAGACACUGGACCCUGAGAACCCCCGUGACUAUAUUGACUGCUUUCUUAUCAAACUGGAGAAGGAAAAAACCUCUUGUGAGCUGAUUUACAACCAGGAAGAUAUAGUCAUGAGUGUGUUUGGGCUCUUUGUUGCUGGAUCGUCAACUACAAGUAAUGCUUUGAACUUUGGCAUUUUUCUGAUGGCUAGAUUGCCACACAUUCAAGCAAAAGUCCAAGAAGAGAUCAAUGAGGUCAUAGGUAUCAGUCGUCCCCCAAAGAUGGAAGACCGGAUGAGGAUGCCAUUCACUAAUGCUGUUGUCCAUGAGGUUCAACGACACAUGAGAUUGAAUCCUGAAAACUUUUCACGUUGUACAACUUGUUGUACAGAAUUCAGGGGCUUCACUAUUCCUCAGGACACUGUUAUCAUUCCACACUUGACAUCUGUGCAUUUUGAUCCUCUGAUGUGGGAAACUCCACAGGAGUUCAACCCAGCCCAUUUCUUGGAUGAGAAGGGUCAGUUUAAGAAGAAAGAUGCCUUCAUGCCAUUUUCAGCAGGGAAGCGUGCAUGUCCUGGGGAAGCACUGGCCCAUAUGGAGCUAUUCCUGUUCUUCACCACUCUGCUCCAGAACUUCCACUUUCAGCUAGUUGGAGAAGCAACAGAUAUAGAUCUAUUUUCUUCCUUUAACAGCUAUAGAAACCAGAACCUGAAGCUCCCAAUACAAGCUACUAAACGUUUACUCUGAUGUUGUGACUCAAAAUAAGCAGAAAGGAUGAAACCAAAAAUAAUCGCCCCUCCUAACUUGCGGAUCUUGGAUCCGUGACCUUGAAAAUCCAUGGAGGGGCGAACUCCACUAUUUUUAAUCGGGCAUGCUUCCCUCACGUUUGUAUGAGUUCCCACACAGGCAUGGGCCCCAUUCAAGCCCAUGGGGCUUUAAUAUGUGCAAGCCUCCAUUUUCUUGGGGGGGGGGUCCGGAAUGGAUCCCCUGCAAAAAUGGAGGGCCAACUGUGUUUGCAAUUGGUAAAGCAGAGGUCUUGAGGCUUUCUGUCCUUCAUUCCCCUAGCAUCUUGCAAUUUAACAUAGGCAUGUCACCCCCAAGCUUACAUGUUAAAUGUUGCUUAAUCACAGCAAGUAAACAGAGCUGUUCUUUGUUUUUCUCCAUAUUUGUUUAUCUGUGUCCUUACACUUAUUAAAACGUACCACACAGUCAA